GGGCCGCAAUCACACACUAUUGGCCCGGUCAGGUGACAGGCUUUGGGGRAGCUGGCCAGCCUCGUUCUCGCUUUCCAUCAUUAAACACGCCAUCGCCAACCGGGAGUGCACGGGAACGGGAUAGAGCAUCGGAUUUAUCGGAAUAUUUUUCAGAUAUUGGACAAAACUGAUUUAGGGUCAACGGCAUGGGCGAGCGAACGGCAUUUCUGCUGUUAUGGGUUGCGACCUUGACGCUGGCAUCUGAGGUGCCUUCUGAUGACUCGGUGGGUCUGCUGGCAGAGCCCCAGGUAGCCAUGUUCUGUGGGAAAUUCAACAUGCAUGUCAAUGUUCAGAGUGGCAAGUGGGAGUCGGAUCCCUUCGGCACCAAGAGCUGCAUCGGAACCAAGGAGGGCAUCCUGCAGUACUGCCAGGAGGUGUACCCUGAGCUCCAGAUCACUAACGUGGUGGAGGCCAACCAGCCAGUCAGCAUUCAGAGCUGGUGCAAGAAGGGACGCAAGAAGGGACGCAAGGAGUGUAGCAGUCACACACACAUCGUGGUGCCCUACCGCUGCCUGGUUGGGGAGUUUGUGAGUGAUGCCCUGCUGGUUCCUGAUAAGUGCAAGUUCCUGCACCAGGAGAGAAUGGACAUGUGUGAGAGCCACCUGCACUGGCACACCGUGGCUAAAGAGUCCUGCGGAGACCGCACCAUGAAUCUCCAUGACUACGGGAUGCUGUUGCCAUGCGGCAUCGACCGUUUCCGAGGGGUGGAGUUUGUGUGUUGCCCAGCGGAGACACAGCGCGAGUCAGACAGUGUGGAGCUGACUGAGUCUGAUGUGUGGUGGGGUGGAGCCGAGACUGAAUAUACCGAUAACAGCAUGCCUCGCCAGGCGGAUCAGGGGGCUGUCACCACUGAGGAGGAUGACGAAGAGGAUGCCUUUGACAGAGAUGAGGACGGAGAUGGUCUUGAGGAUGAUAAUGAUGAUGAUGAUGAUGAAGACGACGAUGAGGAUGACGUGACCGAUGAACGGGACAGUGGUGAAGGCACCUCCAACAUCGCCAUGACAACCACCACCACGACCACCACUGAGUCGGUUGAGGAAGUCGUCAGAGAGGUGUGUUGGGCGCGUGCUGAGUCGGGCCCGUGCCAUGCCAUUCUGGAGCGUUGGUACUUCGUGCCAGAGAAGGGCACCUGUGCCCCCUUCCUCUUUGGAGGGUGUGGGGGCAACCGGAAUAACUUUGACUCAGAGGAGUACUGCCUGUCUGUCUGCAGCAACAGUAUUCCUGCCUACCACGGCCCUCCCCCUGACGCGGUGGACCGUUACCUGGUUCCUGGAGACGACAGCGAACACGCCAACUUCCAGAGGCCAAGGAGAGUCUGGAGGCAAGCACGCGACAGGAUGUCCCAGGUGAUGAGAGAGUGGGAGGAAGCAGAGAGACAAGCCAAGAGUCUCCCUCGCGCUGACAAGAAGGCAGUCAUCCAGCACUUCCAGGAGAAGGUGGACCUGGAGCAGGAGGCAGGAGAGAGGCAGCAGCUGGUGGAGACCCACAUGGCCCGGGUGGACCUGCUCAACAGCCGCCGCCACAUGGCCCUGGAAUACCUCGGCUCCCUGCCGGCCAACCCACCAGGGUACAUAUAUACACCUCGUCAGGUGCUUGGCCUGUUGAAGAAGUAUGUCCGUGCAGAACAGAAGGACAGACAACACACGCUGAAACACUACGAACACGUCCGCAUGGUGGACCCCAAAAAGGCUGCUCAGAUCCGACCCCAGGUGAUGACCCACCUGCGUGUGAUUGACGAGAGGAUGAACCAAUCCCUGGGGCUGCUCUUCAAAGUGCCCAGCAUGGCCAACAAAAUCCAAGACCAAGUUUCUGUCCUGAUGCAGAGGGUUCAGUCAGAGCUGUCUCAGCAAGUCUCAUCUCUGCAGAGCGAUGGGAGGACUGAUGGCAGGGUGAGCUAUGGAAACGAUGCCCUGAUGCCCGACCAGGCUUACAGCUCUGCCCCUCUGGACCCUGGGAUGGGCCUGGAUGGACUGGGCUUCAUCCACCCAGAGAGCUUCAAUCAGCCCAACACUGACAACCACGUUGAGCCUGUUGACGCUCGUCCAGUUCCAGAUAGAGGUCUGCCCACUCGGCCUGUGUCUGCUCUGAAGCCUGAGGAGUUCCCUGAGGUGCGGGUGGAGAAGGAGGAGCGGCAAAGCGCCAGCUAUGAAGUGCAUCAUCAAAAACUGGUGUUCUUUGCUGAGGAUGUGGGCUCCAACAAGGGUGCCAUCAUCGGCCUGAUGGUGGGCGGGGUUGUCAUAGCGACAGUCAUCGUCAUCUCUCUGAUUAUGCUGAGGAAGAAGCAGUAUACCUCCAUCCACCACGGAAUCAUCGAGGUGGAUGCUGCAGUGACCCCAGAGGAGCGUCACCUGUCCAAGAUGCAGCAGAAUGGCUAUGAGAACCCCACCUACAAGUUCUUCGAACAGAUGCAGAACUAAGGAGCUACCCUUUGACCCCUCCCUGACCCUGAACUUCCUUUAACCCCUCACACCUAGAGCUCGUUCCAUUUUGGUCCAUAAACCCCUCACACCUAGGGCCUGUUCCAUUUUGGUCCAUAAACCCCUCACACCUAGGGCCUGUUCCAUUUUGGUCCAUAAACCCCUCACACCUAGGGCCCGUUCCAUUUUUGUCCAUAAACCCCUCACACCUAGGGCCCGUUCCAUUUUGGUCCAUAAACCCCUAACGCCUAGGGCCUGUUCUAUUUUGGUCCAUAAACCCCUCACACCUAGGGCCCGUUCCAUUUUGGUCCAUAAACCCUUCUAACUCGUACUCUAUUGCUGUCAAUGGAUCUGAAUGGACUGAGUAGGUGAAACCAGUAUGACUGAAGCGCCAGAAAAAUCUAGAAUGAAUUGGGUUAGAAAUAUUUGUAGUCAUAUUACUUACAGCUCUCCAGGGGUAGUGCCAAGGAGCUGAAAUACAACCAAGCCACACUCACCCUUCAUCUUUUCCUCGUAAAGUGCAGCACAUCAACAUUUAUAGCUGCUAUUGGUCAGACAAGGAUAUCCUCAUUCACCUGCAUAUUUUUUUAUAAUAUCCCAUAGUGUUUGUACAGAACAGAGAAGCUCAUUGAUUGAUUCAUCUGUCCGUCUAUCUGUGGGUGAGCCCUCCCUCUCAGGAUAGCACUCGCAGGUCUAAGAGGGUGAAACAGAGGCCCCAAAUAUCCCUGCAAUCUUCCUGCCUCUUCCUCACUCACUCUGACGCACUCUCCCCUCCCCCUCCAUCUCUCCCACGCACUCUUCUCCCCUCCCCCCCCUCUCUCAGAUGACAGCUGUGCUGUGUUUGGUGAUGACAUAACAGCUCUUAACACUAGCGAAGGGAGGAGGGGCUCAGUCUGCCCUGAGCUCCUCUCUGCAGGAUUAUACCACAAGCGUUUCAGGUUUUUUUUCCAGAAAAAUGUAUAAAAAAACAAAAAUAUAUAACUAAUACAUCAGAAAUAUGUAAAAGGCAAAGAAAUAUUGAAUGUUUUUAUUUUGUGCGUAAUGUAUUGAAAUAAGGCAGAAAAAACUAGCUGUAACUAUAUGUAGUGCAUGGUGAUAUUGAUGCCAGAUAUACGUAGAGAAGCUGGCUCCUGUCGCAGGACUGGGCCUCUCAUAUAGACUUUUAGCAGGAUUGUACAUUUUCUGUGUCUUCUUUGUGAUCUUGUGAWAUGAAGAAGAGAGGAAAAAAAAUAAGUAUUUAGAAUCUGGUCCGCUUUGUUGUCACUGCGACAAUCUUUAAACAGAGCCUGUGCUCUCCUUUGUUUCCAGCCCCUUCCUCGCUCUGUGUUACCUACAUGGACCCAAUUAUCUCUAUCUACAUGUAGCUAAUAUAAUGACGUGUAAUAGUAUCUGAAAGGAAGUCGGUUGUGUUACUGUUUGCAUUCUAUGCACUCUGUUUCAUUUAGUCUGGUUGUUACUGGUGUUACUGCUCUGUUUGUUGGUAUUAUGUCCCUUAAAUAUUCCACGACUAGGAAUUGUUUCAGCUCCAUUCAUCAUUUUAUCAUUCCAGAAAUCUCAGCAUUCCACCCUAUCAUUCCUAUAUAGUCUGUGAACAUCAUUAAUGGAAACAGAAAUCAUUGUUGUUUUUUCUUUCUCAGGCUUUCAGGCUCUCUUUCGAUCUCUCCUUUCCUCUGUCUAUCCCAAAGACCUCAACCAGCCCUGCUCCUCUGUCCCUCUCUGUCCAUGCUGUUGGCUUGGUGUGUGAGAGAAUUAUGUUGAAUUGAGAGAGAGGGGGGGAUUGGGUGUGUCAGAUUUGUACAUUCUAAUCUAUCGUCCUUCUGAUCAUCAAACACAUAUUCCCUCCACAAUGUCUCACACAGAACAUAACCUAUUUUUCCAUGACAUAGACUGACCAGGUGAAAGCUAUGAUCCCUUAUUGAUGUACAUGUAUCAAACAACCAAGAAAAACAGUUUGUGUUCUGUGGUGGAUAUCCCCCUCUUGCUUGUUUUGUCAAAUCUCUCAUGUCUCAGACAUCCUGGCUUUAAAAGCAGAGGCUAAAGAAAUACUGAUCUCAGACUAGUUAUAUUGAUCUCAGGCCAAUGUGCGUGAUGUUAAAUACAGGGACCCUGUUCAGAAAGGCGCAACUGCACAGAAUUUUCAGAUAUAAAUGUGUUAUGUGGAACAGAUGUCAUUCUGUCAGGUAGUUGUGUUACAUUUCCAUCUGCAACAUUCUGAAUGUUUCACCUAACUGAACGCACCCCAGAUCUGGGAUCAGUAUUGAGGCCGUAGUAGACGAGACAUUCCCCAUACCCAAAAUGGAGCCUCCAAUAGACAUGAAUGUGACAUUCAUAUUGUGCAAUUAUGACACAGAUCUACACACUACUACACUCCCUCCCUACACACAAACUGAAGCUCUUAAAUCAGGUAAAUGUUUUGGUGUUGUCAAGGAUACUUGUACAGGGUAUCUCCAGGGGUUAGUGGUUUCAUUCUGUGACUUUUUCUGUGUACCUAUACAAAUCAUUUGCUUAGACUGAGAAAAAGCUUUCUACACUAUCCCAUCAAUAAAAUGUUGAAUGUACAUACAAA